AUAGUAAUCCUCUCUCUCUUUCACACACACACAAAGUAAAACCCCUUCUCAGCAAACGACCAAAUUGGCCCUGGUUUCUAACAGCCCUCUCACGAAAGCUACGCCAACUGUAUAAGAUGCGCUUCAUCCAAGCAGGUUAUGAGGAGACCGCUGCCCCGCUUUGCCUUUUAAUGUGUGAGGCUGGACGACCCAACUAAGCUUACACGCCGGCCUGGCUGCCCGACUUCCACCGCAAAGCCCGGCAGGCAGCCUCCAAAGGAACAAACCGCCUCCCUCGCCCAGGGCAUAGAGUUGAAGAGGCUGAACGGCGCGCCCUCUCCCUUCUCUCAGCGUCGCUCGCAUGGCGGCGGCAGCGGCGAGCACGGUGGGCUCCGCCUUCUCGCUCCCCUUCGCCCUCGGCCGGCGGAGCCUCAGAAGCGCAAGGCGGGAGUGAUGGCGGAGAGCGAUACUGUGGAAGGGGACGCGGCGCCGGCGCCUUCGCCUUCUCCUCCUCCUCCUCCGCCGCCGUCCAGCCACUGUUCAUGGCGAUGGGAGCGGCUGAGGCUGGUGACGGGGCCCUGGGCUCGCAGCCUUGCUUUGGUGGCGGCCCUCGGCCUCCUUUACUUUCUGCGCGGCCCGCUUCGGCUGCGGGACAACUUGGCGGCAGUGUCUAUUUUCUUGAGCACGUUGACUCCAAAAUUCUAUGUUGCACUUACUGGGACUUCAUCUUUGAUAUCUGGUCUGAUAUUUAUAUUUGAAUGGUGGUAUUUCAGAAAAUAUGGCACAUCUUUCAUUGAACAGGUAUCUGUGAGCCAUUUGCGACCCCUUAUUGGAGGUACAGAGAAUUCUAAUUCUCCCCAGGCAAAUUUUUCUGCAACAACUGGAGAAAAUGAUAUGAGCAGGCAGAGUCUGUCAGAAUGUAAGGUAUGGAGAAAUCCCCUUAAUCUCUUCAGAGGAGCGGAAUAUAGCAGAUACACAUGGGUCACUGGAAAAGAGCCACUUACGUACUAUGACAUGAACUUGUCUGCUCAAGAUCAUCAGACCUUUUUCACUUGUGAAACAGACUCCCUUCGGCCUUCAGAUGCAGUUAUGCAGAAAGCAUGGCGGGAGAGAAACCCUCAGGCCAGAAUCAAAGCAGCAUAUCAAGCUUUGGAAUUAAAUAAUGACUGUGCCACAGCAUAUGUUCUGCUGGCAGAAGAAGAAGCAACAACCAUUGUAGAUGCCGAAAAAUACUUCAAGCAGGCUUUGCGAGCAGGAGAAACAAUUUAUAGGAAGUCUCAACACUGCGGCUCCCAAAGUCCCCAGCAUGAAGCACAGCUUAGAAGAGACACUAAUGUACUGGUUUAUGUGAAAAGAAGACUAGCUAUGUGUGCAAGGAAACUUGGAAGAAUUAAAGAAGCAGUAAAAAUGAUGAGAGAUCUAAUGAAAGAAUUUCCUCUCCUAAGUGUGUUGAAUAUCCAUGAAAACCUCCUAGAAGCACUUCUGGAACUGCAGGCCUAUGCUGAUGUUCAGGCUGUUCUAGCAAAGUAUGAUGAUAUCAGCCUUCCAAAAUCAGCAGCAAUAUGUUACACAGCAGCACUCUUAAAGGCCAGAGCAGUUUCAGAUAGGUUCUCUCCAGAAACGGCCUCCAGAAGGGGACUUAGCACAGCUGAGAUUAAUGCUGUAGAGGCAAUACACAGAGCUGUUGAAUUUAAUCCCCAUGUUCCAAAGUACUUGCUAGAAAUGAAAAGCUUAAUUUUACCUCCAGAACACAUUCUAAAACGAGGAGACAGUGAAGCAGUGGCGUAUGCUUUCUUCCAUCUCCAGCACUGGAAGCGAAUAGAAGGGGCCCUUAACCUGUUGCACUGCACAUGGGAGGGCACAUUUAGAAUGAUUCCAUACCCAUUAGAAAAGGGCCAUCUAUUUUAUCCCUAUCCCAGCUGCACAGAGACAGCAGACAGGGAAUUAUUACCAACAUUUCAUGAUGUAUCGGUGUACCCUCAGAAGGAGCUUCCUUUUUUCAUCCAUUUUACAGCAGGGCUUUGCUCUUUUACAGCAAUGCUAGCCUUGCUCACUCAUCAGUUUCCUGAACUCAUGGUCAUUUUUGCUAAAGCUUUUUUUUUGGAACUCUUUUGUCACCUUUGAGUUUCACGAUGGAGAAGAUUGAACGCCUUAUGCCUGCUGGUCUCUGGCAUCAGCUGUCCCAAAUUUGAAUGGAGCUUUAGUACUUGAGCUAAUGUUCUCAGGAACUUUACAUUCAAUUCCCUCGCUGGCACAAAAGCCCUUGCAACCAAGGGAGUGAAGAAUGACAAACUUUGUGGCUUAGUUUUGUUUUACAUCCUUUUACUGGUGUUUGAAAGUUGCUGUCUCCCUUCUUAGGCCUUCAAAUCUGUAUAGAUUUAACACACAGCUCACUGUGUGUCCUGGGUGGGUGAGGAGUUGUGCUCACUUGAACAUUAGCUGUAGAACUUGAGGCUACUACUUUUUCUUUCAGAGCUUCCAGAAAGUAAUAAAUCUGGUAGACUGUUUCGAAAUGUCCUCCUGAACUACAGAUACAGUUGAAUGUUUGUUAACCAAUAAUGUAAUAUCUGAUGCUAGUAUCACAGAGCAUCUGUUGUGGCCCACUACCAACAUUUGGAGUCUUUGCAGCUCUUCUGUUGCUUCACACUAUUUCUUUAUGUGUCUCAGUUCAUAAUGAGUUAAAGAUGCAUAGAAGAACAGCAACAGGUUUUGCUUACCUUAUCCUUUCCCUCUAUGCCUGCCUGUGGACGUAGGCCUAAAGUUAGAUGGUAAGCAAAUAGACAGCAGUGACAGCAGUGAAGAGGAGGUGGGUGUCCUCAAGGAGGGGAACUCAUUGCAAGUAUCUUGCAGUAUUCUGAAACACUCUUAAUUAUGUGAUCUUCCUGAUGUGGUCACCACAGUCCUGUAUCUCCUGUUAGAUUAGCGGAAUUACAGGGGGAGUAGAUGGAUUUUAAUGCCCUAUGAUGUUAUGGCACCCUUAAAGACAGGGCAAAGAUGCAAAUCAUCACACUUUGGACAUGAUCACUGAACUCUUGUGACUGCUUACCUAUUGCUUAAGACAUUCUUCUAUUAUUAACAAGCACAUGGCUGCAGUUUGUCCAGCUCCUCCCACAUCUAAGGAUUGAAUUAGAUGAUGUGUUUUCCCCAAAUUUACCAUUCAAAUUUGCAAUUCAUAAGAGUUUAAUAAAUUGACUUGGUCAACUUCA